AUGCUUAUUCUUGGUAAUAUUGGAUGUAUAUGUAAUUUUCUUACAUUUACAGCAAAACAAUUACGUCAAAAUUCUUGUGGAUGGUAUUUUCUAAUGUCUGCUUUAUUUGAUUUUAUAUUUCUUAACAUUGGUCUUUUUACAAAAUUAGCAAGUGAACAAUAUGGUAGUACAUUAGAUGAUACAAAUAUUAUUUGGUGUCGAAUGCGUGCAUUUCUUACAUGGGUAUUGCCAUGUAUAUCAACAGAUUAUAUUGUUUUAGCUUCUCUUGAUCGAUGUUUAUCAACAUCAACAAAUACACGAUUUCGUUCAUUUAGUCAAAUUAAAAUAGCUUAUCGAAUGACAUAUAUUCCAAUAAUUUUAAAUAGUCUUGCAAGUUUUCAUCAACUUAUAUAUUAUGAACAUCGACCAAAAUGUUAUCCACGUGCAGGUAUAUAUUCAUAUUUUCUAUCAAUGUAUAGUAUUUUCUGGACAAGUUUAAUUCCUCAAAGUAGUAUGUUUAUAUUUGGUUUAAUAACAUAUUAUAAUAUUCAUAAGAGUCGUCAACGUCUUAUGAAUACAAUACAACAACAACAACAAAGAAAUCGAACAGAUUCACAUAUGAUUCGAAUAACAUUAAUUCAAGUAAUAUCAAGUUCAAUUCUACUUAAUAUUCGAACAGUAUACUAUUCCUAUACAGUUAUUACAACAAAUGAUAGAAAAGACGAUUAUCGUAUUGCUAUUGAAAAACUACUUUUACAAAUAUCAAGUUUUAUUUUCUAUUUAAAUUUUAGUAAAAGUUUCUUUAUGAAUACAUUAUCAAGUAAACUCUUUCGUAAAGUUUUCAAAGAACGUUUAAUUCUUUUCUAUCGACAUAUAAUAUGCCUUAAAGUUAAAGUACAACCAAUUAAUACUAUACAAUCGAAUGAUCGAAAAAUGGUUAUAGUUCCAUCAUGA